CUGCUGCUGAUUGUCAUCGGAUCGCUGAUGUUCCUCAUCACCUUCCUGGGAUGUUUCGCAGCGCUCCGUAACGCCACCUGCCUGCUGAAGAUGGUAUUUAAUCAUCUGAUUGUGAUUAUUUACCGUUUUCUCCAGAGCGACUGGGAGUCAGCAGAGAAAACCUUCAGAACCCAGUGGGUUCUGGUUGGUUUCUGUGUUGACGACAGAACCGGUCUGAGUUUGACUGAAGGGAUUUUUAUCCAAAGUUUUUCUGGAGACAGAAAUGAAAACCUCGGUCUGACCUGAAUGUCUGAGAAUCUCCAGAAUGAUUCUGUACCUCCUUCUACAAAUGGAAAACCGCGGUGGCACCGCUAGCUAAAGCGCUAGCUGCACUAAUCCAAAGCUUUAGUCAUAAACAUUAGUUUCACUAAGGCUAACAAAAUGCAACACAUUGUUUAGGGGAAGCUAAUGCUAAAAGACUAUACUGAUCCAUCUUCAGGCUGAAGCUAAUGCUAAAGCAAUAUACCUGAAUGGUAGCUAGAGGAAGCUAAUGCUAAAGCAAUAUACCUGAAUGGUAGCUAGAGGAAGCUAAUGCUAAAGCUCCAACUUCAUUUCAGAUUAUAUCUGACUCUUAAGCACCAAUUUAAUAUUUUACAUAAUUUUCUGGUUGGUUUCCUGUUGAUGUAUCUUCAUCUCUGCUUCCUCCUGCAGUUCCUGUCCAUCCUGGCUGUGGUUCUGAUUCUGCAAGUCGCUGCUGGAGCCGUGACUUACGUUUUUACCGACCUGGUAACAGAACACCGCGAGCAGAAUGCAGAACGCCAGAGAUCCGGUGUGAACUCUGAUGCUGUUCAGGUGAUGGAGAGGACGGAGACGCUGAUGAUGAAGGCCGUCGUCCGCUACAGGGAGGAUCGGGACCUGGAGAACGCCAUCGACUUUGUCCAGAAGAAGCUCCAGUGCUGCGGCGUGGAAAACUACCAGGACUGGUCCCGUAACGUCUACUUCGAGUGUUCCGACAGCAACCCCAGCCUGGAGGUCUGCGGCGUCCCCUUCUCCUGCUGCGUCCACCUGCAGAACCAGACGGUGCUGAACACCAUGUGUGGCUACGGCCUGCAGCAGCAGCAGGAAGCGGCGGCCCGGCAGCACAUCUUCACGGCCGGCUGCCUGCAGCGGAUCGUCCUGUGGGCCCAGAAGAACCUGCUGCUGGUGGCCGGGCUGACGGCCGGUCUGCUGCUGCUGGAGGUACCGACACCCGCCGGCUGACCUCUGGCUGACCUCUGGCUGACCUCCG